AAAGCACAAAACAUUUAGGUAAACUAUCUUUCUCAAUGAGAGACUCCUCACCAGCAACAUCUACCAAAUCCUCACCGCUAUGGAAACCCUUUGCCUCAAACUGUUGCUCCGUCGGUGAUCAAACCGUCUUGGGAAAUUUAAGCCGUUGCCGACCAUCCAAAUCAGACUCCAAGAACCAUCUCGGACCACUUCCUUCUUUCCGGCGACUCUCCUUCGCCGAUCUAAGCCGUUCUUCAUCGGCUAGGAUUAACGAAGAUCUUGCAGAGGCUCUUGGAGCCGAUUUAGUGGAUUUUCAGAUGUGUGAACUUAAAAUGAUCACGCAGGGCUUCUCUCGGAACUAUCUUCUCGGAGAAGGUGGGUUCGGUAAAGUUUAUAAAGGCUACAUCGAUGAGAAUUUCAGACAAAGCCUCAAAGCUCAGCCUGUUGCUGUCAAGCUACUGGACAUUGAAGGGCUUCAAGGACAUCGUGAAUGGCUUUCUGAGGUCAUACUCCUUGGACAACUAAAGCACCCGAAUCUAGUCAAACUUAUCGGUUACUGCUGCGAGGAGGAAGAACGAGUCCUCAUCUACGAGUUCAUGUCACGUGGUAGCUUGGAAAACCACCUCUUCAAACGGAUUUCGAUAUCGCUGCCGUGGGCGACGAGGCUGAAAAUAGCUGUCGCGGCUGCUAAGGGUUUGGCCUUUUUGCAUGAUUUAGAGAGUCCAAUAAUCUACCGUGAUUUUAAGACUUCCAAUAUACUACUCGAUUCGGAUUUUACUGCGAAACUGUCAGAUUUUGGUUUGGCAACAAUGGGACCAGAAGGAUCCAAAUCUCAUGUCACAACUCGAGUCAUGGGCACGUAUGGUUAUGCUGCUCCUGAAUAUGUUUCAACAGGGCAUUUAACGACAAAGAGUGAUGUGUAUAGUUACGGAGUCGUGUUACUCGAGCUCCUAACGGGGAGAAGAGCCACCGAAAAGUCACGGCCGAAAAACCAGCAGAACAUCAUCGAUUGGGCAAAGCCUUAUUUAACCAGCAGCCGUCGUCUCCGAUGCGUUAUGGACCAGAGGCUCGCUGGUCAAUACUCUGUCAAGGCGGCUAAGGAUACGGCUCUUCUCGCCUUACAGUGUGUGAGCCCUAACCCUAAGGACCGGCCUAAGAUGCUUGCCGUUGUGGAGGUUCUAGAGAGUCUCAUGCAUCAUAAGGACAUGGCGGUUUCCUCUGGCCACUGGCCACCGUCUCCUAGGUCGCCUAAGGUUAGAGGAAAUAGUGGGAGCGGUAGAAAAUCAGCUCCGGGUUCACUAAGAUCUUGAAUAUAUGGAUUGAAGAAAUUCAAUAAAAGAUUGUCUUUUGUGUUAUAUUUGGCUACAAAAUAUCUAAGUGUGUGACAUAGUGUAAGUAUAUGAGCAGUCAUUUUUAAGACCAUGUUUGAGUCCUUCCACCGUGAUUGGCAUUAUUGUUA